AUGGGCAGUCCUGGAGUCACUCUGUCUGUCACAGGUCUUCAGGUGAAGGUGAUUGGUAAGACACUGACCUGUAGCACCACCUGUACUCUGACUGACAACCCCACCUACAUCUGGUACAAGAACGGACACAAAGUAAAGGAGGACACUUCCAGCCUGUACUCAGACUCCUUUAGUGAUACAGACAGGUACUCCUGUGCUGUAAAAGGCCAUGAGGAUCUCCACUCUCUUGCAGUGUGUAAGAACUGUUGGAUUGUGACUUACACCCAUCAGAGUAUCUGUGCCUUGAAGGGGUCAACAGUGGACAUAUCCUGCUCUUACACAUAUCCCAUUGAUCAUGAGAUCAAAACAACUUUCUGGUUUACUAAAUGGGAGUCUGAUAUGGAUCCUGAAGAUCUGAGCUCAGUGCCAGGAUAUGAGGGUCAUAUAGAGUACCUUGGGGAUAAGAAGAGUGAGGGUACCCUGAGAAUCACAGACCUGAGAUUGAGUGACUCUGCUGAGUACAGAUUCAGAUUGAUAACAUCUGGAGAAAAGUUUGCUGGCUCACCUGUCUCCCUGACUGUCACAGAUGUUGUGUUGGAGAUGGUUCCUACAUCUGUGUCAGAGAGUGAGAGUGUCACACUGACAUGUAGAACCAAAUGUACGCUGGACCCAAUCGCAGCAUUUAUUUGGUAUAAGAAUGGACAGCCUAUACCAAACAGCAACACCUCCUCUCCUGUCUAUAGCCUAUUCUCAGUCAGCAGUGAGGAUACAGGCAGAUACUCCUGUGCUGUAGAAGGCCAUGAGGAUCUCCCCUCUGCUGAAGAGACUCUCACGGUCAGAUGUAAGUUUAAACCUUUAGUUUGGUAUUAUAACAUUGUAUUGACAGACAUUAGCUCCACAUGAUACUUGAAUUGAUCAUCCUCGAUAAAAGGGUGAAUCUAAGAGUCAUUGUGUGGAGGAGUACAGUUGAAGUCGGACGUUUACAUACA